CUUUGCAGGAACGAGGUCCUGCUACGUGUCCUCAUCAUGUCCUCUCCAGCCUCCACCCCAAGUCGCAGGCGCGGCAAGCGUGGGAGAAGCAGCAAUCCUUCCACCCCUCGCAGCGAAGAUGCCAGGUCCCCUCCGUCCCAGAGGCGUCGAGCCGAAGAUUCCACAUCCACGGGAGAUUUACAGCCAAUGCCCACUUCACCGGGUGCUGAUAUGCAGAGCCCUCCUCCUCAAGAUGUUUUGUUUUCCAGCCCACCACAGUUCCGAGCCUCAGCUCUCCCACUUGACUUUGACAUUAGCUCACCUUUGACGUAUGGUACCCCCAGUUCACGAGUAGAAGGAACACCAAGAAGUGGUGUGCGUGGAACUCCUGUUAGACAGAGACCAGAUCUUGGGUCUGCCAGGAAGGGAAGGCAGGUGGACCUGCAUUCUGAUGGGCCAGCUGCAGAGGAUAUAAUAACAAGUGAACAGACUCUUGGCCAAAAACUUGUCAUUUGGGGAACAGAUGUUAAUGUGGCUACCUGCAAAGAAAAUUUUCAGCGAUUUCUUCAACGUUUUAUUGACCAUCAUGCUAAAGAAGAGGAGAAUGUUGGUUUGGAUCCUAAUGAGCCACUGUAUAUGCAGAGACUCAAUGAGAUCAAUGUGAUCGGGGAACCAUUUUUAAAUGUGAAUUGUGAGCAUAUAAAAUCAUUUGACAAAAAUCUGUACAGACAGCUGAUCUCCUAUCCACAGGAAGUAAUCCCAACCUUCGACAUGGCUGUUAAUGAAGUCUUCUUCGAUCGAUUUCCGGACUCAAUAUUAGAACACCAGAUCCAAGUAAGACCAUUCAAUGCAUUGAAGACCAGGAACAUGAGAAGCCUGAACCCAGAAGAUAUUGACCAGCUUAUCACCAUCAGUGGCAUGGUGAUCAGAUCAUCCCAGCUAAUUCCUGAGAUGCAAGAAGCAUUUUUCCAAUGUCAAGUUUGUGCCUACACCACAAGAGUUGAAAUUGAUCGUGGCCGGAUUUCUGAACCAUCUGUGUGCAAGCACUGCAAUACCACACACAGCAUGGCACUGAUCCACAAUCGCUCCAUGUUCUCUGACAAACAGAUGAUCAAACUGCAGGAGUCUCCCGAAGAUAUGCCAGCAGGACAGACUCCUCACACUGUCGUACUUUUUGCUCACAAUGAUUUGGUUGAUAAAGUUCAGCCAGGUGAUCGAGUUAAUGUUACAGGUAUCUACAGAGCCGUUCCUAUUCGAGUCAAUCCAAGAAUGAGCAAUGUAAAAUCUGUGUAUAAGACUCACAUCGAUGUCAUUCAUUACCGCAAGACUGAUGCCAAACGGCUGCACGGCCUGGACGAAGAAGCUGAGCAGAAGCUUUUUUCGGAAAAGCGGGUGGCAAUGUUGAAGGAGCUCUCCCGGAAACCAGACAUUUAUGAGAGACUUGCUUCAGCUCUGGCUCCAAGCAUUUAUGAACAUGAAGAUAUCAAGAAGGGUAUUUUACUGCAGCUGUUUGGGGGAACGAGAAAGGAUUUUAGUCACACCGGAAGGGGCAACUUCAGGGCUGAAAUCAAUAUCCUUCUCUGUGGUGAUCCUGGCACUAGUAAAUCACAACUGCUGCAGUAUGUCUACAACCUUGUGCCCAGGGGCCAGUACACAUCUGGAAAAGGCUCUAGUGCAGUUGGUCUUACUGCCUAUGUGAUGAAAGACCCAGAAACAAGACAGUUGGUCUUGCAAACAGGCGCUCUGGUCCUGAGCGAUAACGGCAUUUGCUGCAUUGAUGAGUUCGAUAAGAUGAAUGAGAGCACAAGAUCAGUUUUGCAUGAAGUAAUGGAACAACAAACCCUCUCCAUUGCCAAGGCUGGAAUUAUUUGUCAGCUGAAUGCACGCACUUCAGUGCUGGCAGCAGCAAAUCCUAUAGAAUCCCAGUGGAAUCCUAAGAAAACAACCAUUGAAAACAUCCAGCUUCCCCAUACACUGUUAUCCAGGUUUGAUUUGAUUUUCCUUAUGUUGGACCCACGUGAUGAAGCCUACGAUAGGCGGCUUGCUCACCAUUUGGUGGCUUUGUACUACCAGAGUGAAGAGCAGAUGGAAGAAGAGUUCAUGGAUAUGGCAGUGUUGAAAGAUUAUAUUGCCUAUGCUCAUAGUUCUGUGAUUCCUCGACUGAGCGAAGAAGCAAGUCAGGCCCUAAUUGAGGCUUAUGUGGACAUGAGGAAGAUAGGCAGUGGCAGAGGAAUGGUUUCUGCCUAUCCUCGUCAGCUGGAGUCAUUGAUUCGUUUAGCGGAGGCACAUGCUAAAGUGCGCUUUUCAAGUAAAGUUGAAGCAAUUGAUGUUGAAGAAGCAAAACGUCUCCAUCGAGAGGCUCUAAAGCAGUCUGCUACCGACCCAAGGACUGGCAUCGUGGAUAUAUCCAUUCUUACUACAGGAAUGAGUGCCACUUCACGUAAACGCAAGGAAGAACUAGCAGAAGCAUUGAAGAAGCUUAUUCAAUCCAAGGGCAAAACCCCAGCUCUAAAAUAUCAGCAACUUUUUGAAGAUAUCCGGGGGCAGUCUGACAUAGCUAUUACUAAAGAAAUGUUUGAAGAAGCACUUCGAGCCUUAGCAGAUGAUGACUUCUUGACUGUGACAGGAAAGACUGUUCGAUUGCUCUGAAGAAAUAUUUGUUAUUGUGCCACAUGGUUCUACUUUUUUGCAAGUACAUGUCCUCAGGCAUUUCACUUGUUUGGAUAAAUGUUGCUUUUGUCAAAUCUGUGGGCAAAGCUGCCAACACCAUUGCCAUUCAUGUAAAUAAGUGCAUUCCUUAGACUUUGUCUCAUUUUCCUAACCUUUUCAUAUAAAUUAGAUGUCAAUUUUGAAAUUGAAGUUCCUAUUUUAAUAAAACAUGACAGCUGACAUUAGCCCUUUUACACACAGAACUGCCUGUGGGCUUUUUUUUUUAUCUUUCUCUUAAAGUACUGAGCACAAAUGGGUGUUGGUGUUAGUCUGUGCAAACGACAUUAAAUGUUCCUCCGUACUGUGCAGCUUAUAUUAAAUGUUCCUCUGUAAGGGAAAUUACAUCUUGUGAUGAGUCAUUCUGAAAUAAA